CGGAUGAUUAGCGCGUUAGUCCGCUUCUUUCGUCAUAUUUUGCCUAAAAAAAGGUUACUCUGUUUUUAUUCAACAGCAGAUACUAAAAGCUCUUGCAAAAAGAACUUUUUAAAUUUUGAGAAGUACUUUGUUGAUGACUUCGCAGGUGAUCCCCAGCUUGACACAGAUACCAAAGAGAAUAAGAAUUUCACACCUUUAGGCUACAAGGACCAUGAAUAUUAUAGGCUAAAAGGUGUAUAUCAACACUUAGCUUAUUUCGUGACUGGAAAAAAGAAUGCCACUUUUGAAGACUACCGAAAAAUUAAAGAAAAAGAUUAUAUGAGGGAACUUGAAUAUUUCUAUCCCGAAAGAAAUUUUGAUCCGAGAAGUCUACCCCAAGAAAGUAGAGCAACUAAAAACAGUAGGGGCAGGAAAACUUCUUUGUCUAUAUACACAGGCCGUUAUUAUUUUUAUGAAACGCUUUAUAAAAUUGAGUCGACUUAUGAAGCCAUAUGCCAAAGUUACCCUGGAGAUAACUGUACACCCCGCACAAGUACUAAUUCGGAGGAUUCGCACUAUUGGAAAAGCAAAACUCAGCUUGAAUCUGCCAUAGGGGGGCCGUUGUUGGAGAGUGAGUACCAGGAGAUUAUAGCUUUACUAAAUAAUAUUGUCAAAGAUCCGCGUUCUACGCACAUGGAAGAAGUACUACAACUUUAUGGGUCUCACGCGUCUCAGAGAGCGAAAAAAUACCAGAAACACGAGGCGAACUCCGCGGGCUUCCUUAUCGCGGAGGGCGCUAGAAAAAGCUCGCGUGCGACUAUAAAACUCCGGCAGGGGGCAGGGCCCUUCAUCGUUAACGAUCUCCCGAUGAGUGAAUACUUUUCCAACAUCAUCCAUCGCCAAAACAUAGUCGACCCAUUUCUUGCCAUCAGUCCGCAGGAGGAUUUUGAGAUGGUCGCUGAGGUUGCAGGGGGCGGGCACAAGGGUCAGAGCGAAGCCAUUCGGCUUGGCGUUGCCCGGGCGCUGGCAUGCAUGAACGAGACCUGGAGGGAUGCACUAACUAAAUACCGCUAUCUUGUGCGUGAUCCUCGCUGCGUUGAGCGGAAGAAGCCCGGUCAGAAGAAGGCUCGGAAAAAGUUCACUUGGGUCAAACGCUAAAGCUAACAUGGCAGUAAUAAAGUUAUUGUGCACGCAAAUGAAUGUCAGAGGAGUGCUCGUUAAAUUCAAAUAUGCUUGUGCU